GCUAUUGUCCUGCCCAGGGCUUCACACCCAGGACCUCCCUGGCCACUGGCAGCCCCACCAGCAGAACACAGUCCACCAGUCUGACCAGCCGCAGGGAGCUGCAAUGGGACGGGCGUCAUGAAUGGUGCCGGCCCCGCCGCCACCAACGCCGCCGCCCUGGGCCCGGACUGGCGGCAGUUCUGCGAGCUGCACGCGCAGGCGGCCGCCGUGGACUUCGCGCACAAGUUCUGCCGCUUCCUGCGGGACAACCCGGCCUACGACACGCCCGACGCCGGCGCCUCCUUCUCCCGCCACUUCGCCGCCAACUUCCUGGACGUCUUCAGCGAGGAGGUGCGCCGCGUGCUGGUGGCGGGACCGGCAGCCCCGGCGGCGGCUGAGCGCCCCAACGCCAUGGAGCCGGAAACAGCCAGGUCUCCUGCACUCAAGGCGGCGGCGUACGGCCACUCGCGGAGCUCGGAGGACGUGUCGGUGGCGCACGCAGCCGCCAAGGCCCGCGUCCGCAAGGGCUUCUCGCUGCGCAACAUGAGCCUGUGCGUGGUGGACGGCGUGCGCGACAUGUGGCACCGGCGCGCCGAGCCCGAGGCCGGCGCUGCUCCGCGGGCUGCCGAGCCCCCGGCCGAGCCACGCGACAAGUGGACGCGGCGCCUUAGGCUGACGCGGACGCUGGCGGCUAAAGUGGAACUGGUCGACAUUCAGCGGGAGGGGGCGCUGCGCUUCAUGGUAGCAGAUGACGCGGCUGCAGGCCCGGGAGGUACCGCCCAGUGGCAGAAGUGCCGCCUACUGCUGCGUAGGGCCGUUGCAGGAGAGCGCUUCCGCCUGGAGUUCUUCGUGCCACCGAAGGCCUCCAAGCCCAAGGUCAGCAUCCCCCUCUCGGCCAUCAUUGAGGUCCGCACUACCAUGCCCUUGGAGAUGCCAGAGAAGGACAACACGUUUGUGCUUAAGGUGGAGAACGGAGCUGAGUACAUCCUGGAGACCAUCGACUCGCUGCAGAAGCACUCGUGGGUGGCUGACAUCCAGGGCUGCGUGGACCCUGGGGACAGUGAGGAGGACACCGAGCUCCCGUGUACCCAGGGAAGCUGUCUGGCCAGCCGUGUGGCGUCCUGUAGCUGUGAGCUCCUGGCAGACGCAGCAGACCUGCCCCACCCCCCAGAGACAACAGCGGCAGUGGGGGCCGUGGUGACCGCCCCGCACAGCCGGGCUCGGGAUGCCAUUGGGGAAUCGCUGGUCCACGUCCCUCUAGAGACCUUCCUGCAGACCCUGGAGUCCCCAGGUGGCAGCGGCGGCAGUGACAGCAGUAACACAGGGGAGGAGGCAGCGGAGCCCGAGCCCGACCCGGAGUCCGAGCUGGAGCUCUCUGGCUACCCCUGGUUCCACGGGACACUGUCGCGGGUCAAGGCAGCUCAGCUGGUGCUGGCAGGGGGACCACGGAACCACGGCCUCUUUGUGAUCCGCCAGAGUGAAACUCGGCCUGGGGAGUACGUGCUGACCUUCAACUUCCAGGGCAAGGCCAAGCACCUUCGCCUGUCCCUGAACGGCCACGGCCAGUGCCACGUGCAGCACCUGUGGUUCCAGUCCGUGCUUGACAUGCUCCGCCACUUCCACACCCACCCUAUCCCGCUGGAGUCCGGGGGCUCGGCGGACAUCACCCUGCGCAGCUAUGUACGGGCCCAGGGCCCUUCGCCUGGUAAGGCGCCCCCAUCUGGCAGUGUGAUGGCUUAG